AUGGUCAACAGUCUCUGGUUCAAGUGGAAAGGCCUUCGGCUACCCUGGCGGAAAUCUUACCUAGUCGGUCAGGAUCUCGCCGGAAACACAUUCUGGGAAUUCAAAGAUCAACUGAACGCUGGCCGAUAUAGACGAAUUGUGAAAUUUGAUCCCAAGACACACUACGGAGAUGUCCAAGUUACUCCACAAUGGCAUCAAUGGCUCCGAUAUGUCCGACCUCUUCCGCCGACUAUUGAGGAACAGCAACAGGAUCUGGUUCGCCAGGCGCAAAUGAAAGAACUCGCCCGACUUGCCGAUGAGCGCUGGGCCAGCAAACCCUCUUUCCUCGACAAACCGAAGACUCAGCAGCAGGGUGCAGGAAUUACGACCACAAAUGCAAACUCCGAAGCGGCUCCGAUCUCCGCAGAUGGGCCUUCGUCCUCCGCUCCAGCACCACAGCCCGAGUCUACAGGCGCACCCCCGAAGACUCGCAAAGAAGAGAACCCAUGGGCAAAGGCAGAUCGACAGAAUCCAGGAGGUAACUGGCAGCCUGAUGCGUGGUCCCCUACCUCUCACCGGUGA